GAAUAUGAAUCUUGAAACUACGAAUCUUAAGAAUAUAUAUUUUGAAGAUAUGAAUCUUGAUUAUACAAGUCUUGAGAAUAUGGAUCUUGAGAAUACAAAUCUUGAAGAUACAAGUCAUUAG